CGGCGCACGUGGACGGCAGGACGCGUUGACUGUCCUCGGGAACUCGUCCUCGGGGUAGCUCGGGGGAGGAACUCGCGAUGCGCGUUGCACGGCCGGCGAAGUGAGGGAAGACUGAGAUCUCGAGAAGAGCGGCGCUCUCGGGGAGAGAAUGGCAGGGCGCGUUUCCGGUGGCAGCAGCCACGUGCGAGCGAUCGUCGGUGCCGAAGACGCGAUAAUUGCCCCGCGAGUCUCGAGUCCUGCCCGACGUUGAGACCGAGGAACUUGCCCGGGUGGUGGUUGGUGCCUGGUGGUGGUAGUACAGUAGCGGUAUAUCGGGGCUGCGCGGGGAAACGGGGGUGGUGCGCGGUCACGUACGGAGCAUGUGACACGAUGAGGUGGUGUGGUGGCCCAUGCGAUCUCCUGCGGCGCAAGAUCUUCGUCCUCCUCGUGCUGAUCGGCUGCAGCGAUGGCUACCUCAAUAUAUUCAUCAGCCAGUCGCAGGUCAUGAAGCUCUUAGGACUCGAGGCCGAGUUGUACUACGUGCGAGAGGGGGUGGUCAACACUUACGCGAUGAAUUUCGUCGUUCCUGUGCCGGCCAACAUAGCGGACCUAGAAUUUUCAUGGCAGAGCCUCGUAGGACACCCGUUAUCGUACUCCAUGGAGCUGGAUUAUGACGUGGUGGGCGUACCAGGUGGACCGUCCUCCGGGAUGAUGGCGUUGCUGCCGCCGAGGGUGAACGUGUCCGCCCGGGGUGAAGUCCCAGUCACCCUGCAAGUAUUCAGGAUCAGAUUGCCGUGCUCGGGCGUCGUUAGCGCCGAAAUUCCUCUGGCCCUGAGAUUGAAUGUCACCGCGCCGCUCGGCACUAAGUACAACGACACCGUCUUGGUUUUCAAGAGGAACAAAAUCUGCCUGAAAGGUGUGGAGACUCCUCCGAUGAACGACUCGGUGCGUCUGGAGCCUGGCCCGCUGGUGAACGGUGCGGGUGCAUUUUACGUCGCAGCUACCUGUGCGUUCGCCUUAAUACUGGUCGUCGGCAUUGUUGCGACCGCGUUGUACAUUCGCAACAGCAAGGCCCGCGUCCAAGAAUCGCAGAAAACUCUGCCCUGCUGCAGUUACUCCGCGGCUGACACCGGUGGCCUGGCCAGAAGUUCCGUCUUAGUUAGGGUCGACCCACGGCCCGGAAGCGCGAAUUCCGGAAGUUACGCCACCAUCGCCGACCUCGAGCCGCUCUACGCGAGGCCAUGCGGCUCCAGAGCGAGUUACUACGCGGCGAGCCACGUCACGCAUCUCAGCCAGUCAACUGAUCCGUGUGAGAAGGCCAGAGCGCUCGCGGUCUCGAGAUCGGCAUUGUAUUGUCGCAGCCUCGUGCAGGAAGGUACUUUUGGCCGCGUUUACAAAGGCUCUUUGGAUCUAGCCGGGCGUGACCAGGAAGUUAUCAUAAAGACAGUCACAGAAGUGGCGUCCGCUUACCAAGCCUCUCUUUUGGUGGUGGAGGGCUCGCAACUGGCCGGAUUAGUUCACGCCAACAUCGCCUCUUUAGCGGCCGCCUGUCUGGACAGCUCGUGUCCCUUGCUGGCUUACACGAGCACACCUGGCGAGCUGAACUUGAAGGUCUAUCUUACCGAUGGAAAUCAUCAUCCGGUGACUAGAGACCUGGUGCACGUUGGCGCACAGAUUGCCAGGGCUGGAGCCUUUCUGCACGGUCGUGGACUGUUGCACAGGGAUAUCGCCGCCAGAAAUUGCCUGAUCGAGCCGGGCAGUCUUCGCGUGAGAUUGGCCGACGCCGCCCUGGCGCGGGAUCUCUUCCCCCAGGACUACCAUUGUCUCGGCGAUAACGAGAACCGACCCAUACGUUGGAUGGCCUUGGAGAGCCUCCAGCACAACCAGUACAGCACGGCGACCGAUGUGUGGUCCUUCGGCGUGUUCCUGUGGGAGCUGGCGACACUGGGCCAGCAGCCGUACGUGGAGGUGGACCCGUUCGAGAUGAUGGCGUGCCUCCGGGACGGGUACCGACUGGCUCAACCGAGACCUUGCCCCGAUGAACUGUUCGCCGUUAUGGCGGUCUGUUGGCUCGGCCUCUCCAGGGAUCGGCCGACCAUGCCUCAGCUGCUCGCCUAUCUGCAGGAUUUCCACGUCGCGCUGGGCGGAUUUAUCUAAGAUCGCUCUUCGUCCCGCGAACUCACGGCCGCGGAUUCGCCCCCGCGGACCGAAUCGCGCCGGAUACAAGGUAAAAGUGCCAAUGCCUGGUAUAAUACGGAAGCGUCCGCGGCCCGGAAACAAAGUCAGAUGGGAGAAAUGUUCGCGCGAACUUUCGGCCUCACUUUCCUCGUCCCGAAUCACACUCACACAUUAUAAGACACACGCAGUACAUUCCACGGUUGGAAGUUUGAAUAUUCGUAAUUAACGAGCGAAACAGUAAGGAUGGAGUUAGGGGCGACUCAGAGUCCAGGCAUUGGUAUUUUUAGCCUUAGCGCAGGGCAACCUCGACCUGGCGAAAUGUGCCGAGACGAGGUGCGCGUCCGUCGGACUCGGCAAUCAAACACGAAAGGGAGAGAAGAAGAGAAUCAAAUCGCAUGGAAUUGAAGCGUCGCUGCCCAUUUGCGACACAUACACACUGCCUGCUAGCGAUAGGUACACACACACACACACAUACCCGGUACCACACCACGUGGGUCGCGGUUGACGCGCCGGUUACACGGGGUGGGUUCCCAGCUGAUCGCCAAUCAAAAUAGAGCAUUACCGUCGUCUAAUCGGCGAGGGAACUCGCGACGGACGGCUGGAAGGAAAAGUCGAUACACGGAUACAUCCGUCCAUAGCAAUUAGAGCGCGCGUUUCCGCGCGGCGUCGAACUCUCACGAACUCCCGCGCGACUCUCCCAAUCGCUCGCAGCGAUUCCCCCGAAUUACGCGGCAUCCCGGAGGAUGCCCUUAUCCUCGGCACCGUGAAGCAACGUCAGCCGAUCGAGCGGAAGCCGGCGCGCGGCCGGAAAGCACGCGGAAAGAAAAGUGCUGGAUUCAAGCGGACGCGUAUUACAGGCGUGCAAAUUAAUUCGGUGCCUCUCCACGUGAAAUUCAAAGUUUAUUUACGAAGAGUCCAGUCCAAUGUUCGAAUUGAUUUCCACGAUUUAUUUUCCCUUGACUUUAAUCCCGUUCUAUCGGACGGUCGAAUGAAUGCCCUCGCGGAAAAAGCGUGGAGAAUAUUUUCCAAGCGAAUCGUCCGUGUAAAAUAUUUACUCGAGCCGAGUAAAAUGUCUUGAAAAAUUAUCCAAGCGAAGUAUUUACUUGAUCCCGAGUGAAACUUACUUGAUCCAAAGUAAAACUGUGCUAAGGGGUGUCGGAGUAUUAAUUAUUUACUUGAAUCUAGCACUCUUUUUUUUCUGUGCACGGUCACGCGGGCGAGAUUUUGUAAGUUACGUAUGGAAAAAAGGUCGGUUGCGACGAUAAUGACGAACGGAUCGGAUGCGUUUCGGUCGAAGGGAACGGAAUUUCUGGCUGUAAGGGCCGAGUUUAGUUCGUAAGAGUUAGGAAUUCUGGCUUUCCCUCGACGGAAACGCGUUCGGUUCGUCGGAGUAAAACACAUUGUCACGUGCUGAGAAAAAAAGGUACUUUAAAAAUGUAUCUGGGUGAUAAAUUUUUCGCUUCACGGAAAUGAGGUUUACUUCUGUGAGACAAACCUUACGUCCUUCGACGAAUAAAUUUUCGAGUACUUUUUUCUCAGUGUGUCGAUUCAAUUCCGAUCUUUCUUCUCCGUGUACCGAAUAAUACCCAGAUUCAUUUCCAUUCGGCAUUUUUUCUUCUUCGUGCCGAGAGAAGCCGCGAUCCCCCCCUCUCUUUCUCUCUCUCUCCCUCUUUCUCUCUCCCUCUCACUUUGAUUUUCACGAACGAUAUUUUGCGGAUAAUAAUUCGCUGCGGGACAACUUUCGACCCGGCUCGCUGUUAUCCGGUAUUCCGGUUCGGCGGUCUCAUUUCAUUUUGGUCGAAUUUACGCGGAUUACGCGAGAAAAGUGCGAGGAUCGUUACGAUUCGCGGAUAGGCGACCUCUCGCGCGCCUUCAACCGCCAAUCAAGAUGCUCUGCCUGCUCGGCCGGUAGACGGAGUAAUCCUGCGAGCAAUUCCUUGCCCUCUCGAUGCCCUCUGUAACGCAGGAUGCGAAGGACUGAAUGAAAAUGUCCGCUCCUCCUCGCGCUGUAUUCAUUCAGCGUCUGUAAAUAGAUGGCCGUCUCGACGCGUAAACUUCGAAUCGCUUAAUUUCCACGAUGAAAGCCGCGCAUUCAGCACGACCAGGAGGAGGCUCUUCUCAUUCGACUGCGCGCGAACACGAGGAGAGGAAAGAAUAGCGUUCCCCCGACGUCGGGGACGGGAUAUAGAUUCGUACAUUUAUUAUGAGACUUACUGUAAGUAUACACACGUCUUCAUCCGAACGGUGUACAUCUCUAUCUACGAUAACGGUCGAAGUGAAAGUAGCCGAAAACGCGGGUGGAUAUUAUUCGACAAUUUCGCCCGCGGGAUCCGCGAGUCCCGGCUCGUGUAUUAUUAAUUAAUAAUAGGUGGUAGAGUGUAAAGAAAAAAAGAAAAAAGUCGAAAUUCGUCGAGUCGGAAGUCUUAAUAUCUGGUAGCGAGAUAAUUUUGUAUUUCUCUGAAAGUACGACAAUAUUGAAUCGCUAAUUAAAUUAUAUAACGCCGACGUACGCACACGCACCAUACACACGCACACACACGCGCGCGCGCGCGCGCACGGUCGUUGCGCAAGACGUUGCUAUAAAACGCGCGCGGGAUCGGUUAAUUAGGUCGAUGCGUUUUCAUUCACUCAGCUUUUACGAGGAUAAAACGUCGCGUCACACGCGGGUCGGGGCCCGCCGGUUUUGUCGAACCGUGCGCCCAGUUUUUUCGCCGCGGGGAAAAAGCCGGAAGUCGGGAAAAAAAUGUCCCGAUCGAACCGUGAGCCGCGGGCGGGCGCGAAAGGCGCGAGCGCACGGCCCGAUCGAGUCGCGCCCGAUCAUUAUUCAUUAACAAUCGCGAUUGCGAAACCUCGAAUAAUCGUGACCGGAACGACGGAGAGAGCAAAGGCAAAGCUCGGAACACUUAGGAAUCCUAUUGUUGUGUCUGACCUUCGGUGAACGCACACAUACACACACACACACGUUGUUGCGUAAAUGGGCGGUCGAACUAUACGUACUUUGUAGUUAGGUACUUAUUAGCCACACUGCGAAAAACCGUUUCGAUUCCCCGUGGCUCGCGCGCCCGGCAAGCCCGAAUCUCGGCGAGAUCGGCGCGAUGGAUUUUAAUGUCAGCUCUCGGGAAAAUGGUAGCGUAAAAUUGUCCGGAUUCUUGCUCCUCUCGUAGCUCGCUCCCCCUUUCGCUCGCUCGCGUGUCGCAGAUACACCACGGAGAUGUCAAUUCGCAAUCGUCUCUUACCGGGUGUUGCGACAGAGAGCUCCACGAGAGCUGCGCUCUCGAACGGUCGAGUGUCGAAAAUAAGAUAAGAGGUGAACACGCAAACGCUCCUCUUCGCGGUUGAAUCGAAUGCAGUGAAAUCAUUCUCUUUGUUUUCUCUCUCUCGAGUGUCCGUUAUCGGGGGAAAAAUUCGAUAAUGUCGCCGAAAUGUCUGUGACAACAGUCUUCGAUAAAAAGUCGUUAGAUCUAAUCGGUGGCCGAUAUUGACACAUGUAAUUUGAUACGCGACAAUACGCGUCUCCGUGUCUUGACGUGUGUUUUUAGAUUGAUCCGAUGAGACAUUCGCCUCGUCGAUCGAUCCGAGAGAGAGAGAGAGAGAGAGAGAGAGAGAGCGCCUCACCGGUGAGAUGUCGAAUGUUUUAACAUUUCCCUGCUAUUUGAAUUUUUUACGCGGCGUUCACUUUAUUGUUUGUUGUAAAUAAAAUUACAACCGUCGACGUCAGCGAUGAACAGGCCGGUGAAAGGUUUCGCCGUGACAUUUCCAUCAUAGAAAGACAUUACCAAGGGAAAUGGAGUUAGAACCUGCUAGCCGGCUGCUGUACUGUAGAGAAGGCGCCUUUAAAGGAUAAUUAACAUUUGAACCAUAUAUAUAUAUAUAUAAGAAAGAAAGGGAUACAUAUUAAUGAUUGAACUUCACUCUAAUAAUCUGCCGUUUAUUUAUAAGGUUGCAGUACCAGCAGUUCUUUCGUCAUAUCUGUCUCUCUAAAUUACUUCUUGAAGCGUGUCUCCGUGACAUGUCCCGUUUUUCGUUUCGUUAGAAUGUUACGCGUUAUAAAUGCGCGAGUAAGUUACGUUGACACAAGGCGAGGCGUAUUCACGCGUAAUCGUAUUAGUUCAAUUGCGCUGAUUCUAUAUCUUUUCCUGUCGCGGGCGUAAUUGCGCAAGUAUUGCGCCGAAGCUGGUAAGCCACAUGCGAGAACGAGAGAGAGAGAGAGAGAGAGAGAGAAAGAGACGAGGGACGAGAAAACGCCUUUAUCGACGUAUUAAACAUGCAACACUGAUCUCACAGAAUAAAAUUAAAACCGUGCCAUAGCGGAGUUACAUCGAUAUUACGAUCAGGAUAUAUGUCGCAAGGCUUUACCUUACCUUUCCUUCCAACGACGAAGUUAUUACAAGGAAUAAAGAGCAAUUCGACCGGACGUAUUACGCGCGAGAUGUGUGAGCCCGUAAUCGUCAACAGUCGUUUGAUUUCCGCUCUCAGAUCGAGUGUGAAUUUCCGCCGCUGCGUGCGAAAGUCGACCCUCAGUUUUCAGAGUUUUCAGAAUUGAGUUCCCCGUUGAAAAAAAAAAGGAAAGGCGACGGUACCGAUGUCCACCGGCCAUCGACCAUUUUCCCAGGACAAUCCGCGUUCGUUCGCGAUGCGAUCUUCUUUUUUUCUCUCUUUUUUUGCGAAUCUGAACAGCGAGCUAGAAAUCGCUAACGAAGCUAACGAGCGAGGAUCGAGCGCUUGCGCGACGCGCGGGGCAACGCGAGACACACACACACACACACACACACUUUUAAAUGUACUCGAUGUGUAAAUGUCGCAUGUUCCUGACCACGACCACGAACUUUAAUCGCACUGUCUUUUACUCGUCGUUCCUUGCCUUCCCCUUCUCACCCCCCCCCCGCCCU